AGCGCCGGCCGGCGGCCGCCCGGGCAGGCACGCCCCUCGCUCCCCGCGGAGCCGGACUCGCCCGGUGCCCGGACUCCGCCCACCCUCGCGGGGAGCCCGGCUGGCCCGCCUGCCCCGCACUCGGGACCGAGCAGGGCCUCGCGGACGGCGCCGGCUCUGCGGCCACGCGCGCCCCGAGGGCCCCCGGGCUGGGCGCAGGGGCGCGGAGGGAGCGGCGGGACCCCAGCGCCGAGCUGCUCGCGGGCAAGGUAGGGAGAAGGAAGAUGCGCAAACGAAGUUGAUCUCCGGGGGAAGGAGGCUGGCGGCGCCCCCCGCGCGCCGGAGCGCCGCGCAGCCAGUCGGCCGGACCCCGCAGAGCCCCCGGUGCGCUCCCCGGCGCGGACCCGCGGCGCCCGGGAAAGCGCGGUCGGAAAGUUGUCGGCGCCGGUGCCCCGCGCGCCCUGUUGUGUAACCUCGGCGCUGCCAGCGGACGGCGAAGUCGAGGCCCGGGGGAGUUCAUGGCCCGCGGCGGACGCGGGGCCGGAGCCGGCGUGGGCGAGCCCCCCUGCGCCCCCUCCCGCGGGGGUCCCCGGCGCCCGCCCCCUUCCGCGCGGCCGCUUUUCCCAUGCGCCCUGCGCCCCGCGCCGCCGCCGCCGCCCUCUCGCCGCCGCCUGCCCCUCGGAGCCGCCGCCUGAGUCGGGGACCCGAGAAUGACCGAGGCGCUGUGGCCGGCUGUCCCCAACGGGACGGACGCCGCCUUCCUGGGCGGCCCGGGCUCGCCCUGGGGCAACAGCACGGUGGCCUCCACCGCCGCCGUCGCCGCCGCCUCGUUCAGAUGCUCGCUGACCAAGACGGGCUUCCAGUUCUACUACCUGCCGGCUGUCUACAUCUUGGUGUUCAUCAUCGGCUUCCUGGGCAACAGCGUGGCCAUCUGGAUGUUCGUCUUCCACAUGAAGCCGUGGAGCGGCAUCUCCGUGUACAUGUUCAACUUGGCCCUGGCCGACUUCCUGUACGUGCUGACUCUGCCCGCGCUCAUCUUCUACUACUUCAAUAAGACCGACUGGAUCUUCGGGGAUGCCAUGUGCAAGCUGCAGAGGUUCAUCUUCCACGUGAACCUCUACGGCAGCAUCCUGUUCCUCACCUGCAUCAGCGCGCACCGGUACAGCGGCGUGGUGUACCCGCUCAAGUCCUUGGGCCGGCUCCAGAAGAAGAACGCCGUGUACGUCAGCGUGCUCGUGUGGCUUCUCGUGGUGGGGGUCAUCUCCCCCAUCCUCUUCUACUCGGGCACCGGGGUCCGGAAGAACAGAACCACCACCUGCUACGACACCACCGCGGACGAGCACCUGCGCAGUUACUUCAUCUACAGCAUGUGCGCGACGGUGGCCAUGUUCUGCGUCCCCUUGGUGCUGAUUCUGGGCUGUUACGGGUUGAUUGUGAGAGCCCUGAUUUACAAAGACCUGGACAACUCGCCUCUGAGGAGAAAGUCAAUCUACCUGGUGGUUAUUGUCCUGACUGUCUUUGCUGUGUCUUACAUCCCUUUCCAUGUGAUGAAAACGAUGAAUUUGAGGGCCCGGCUGGAUUUUCAGACCCCAGAAAUGUGUGAUUUCAAUGACAGGGUGUAUGCCACCUAUCAGGUGACGAGAGGCCUAGCAAGUCUCAACAGUUGUGUGGACCCCAUCCUCUACUUCUUGGCAGGAGAUACUUUCAGAAGGAGACUCUCCCGAGCCACCAGGAAAGCUUCCAGACGAAGUGAAGCAAAUUUGCAAUCCAAGAGUGAAGACAUGACCCUCAAUAUUUUACCCGAGUUCAAGCAGAAUGGAGAUACAAGCUUGUGAGGACACAAGGAUCCCCAAAUACCCACUUUGUAACGUGGUCUCAGAUGCCCAGCCUGGUUUACAGUAUGUGUUAAGUACAUUGUUUCAGCCUCCAGAGAACUUUCUUUUGGAGUGUGGACCCAUGAGGAGGUGGACAGUCACUAGAAAUGCCCUUUUACUCCUUGGCAUGAUUUUUCCAGAGUGUUUCUUCUUUAGCUUCAUACAUCACGUAGUGGACAAUGACUUGUGAAUGCAUGCCGAAUAGUGACAAGAAUGAUCUUGCCACCUCCUUCCAGGUGAAAAGAGGUCUCUGGGAAGAGUCUGUGCGAAUGGUGAAAGCAUGCAGAGGGUCAAGAUGAAGCAGUGAUCUAUUGGCUGGAAAUCUGAUUCAUGACAUAUGAUGAUAUGAGGAGGUAUUUUAAUACUAAAGGUAGAAAUCUGUUGGCAUUUUGAUGAAAGAACUGCUAAAGUUAUAGAACUUACCAGUUAACUAAAUUUCACACUACAAAACUAUUUUAGUGCCAAGUUCAAGGUGUUUUGUGGCUCACAAAUUGGCAUCUUUGACUCUUUGAACAUCAAUGUGUAUUUGCAUUGAAACGAUAAAAAGACAAACUAAGAAGAGAUCCAGCAUGAGAAUAGGAUUCGGAGGUUAACACCUUGACAUCGCCACUUGUCCAGCUGUGGAACUCUUGACCCUUUCAAGACAUCCAUCUGUUGGGGACCUAGGGGACAUGGUAAAGCGUUAAAACCACAGCCGGCCAGAGGUACGUGCAGUCUGCUCCUGUGUGCCAGUCCUGGCUAAAAAUACCUACACAGUUCACCAGCUGUGAUGUGGACCCGUGACCUAUACGUUUUCUCAGUCUGCUCAGGCGGUGCACUAACCUGCCUCUGAUACAAGAGAUGUCAGUGCUUGUAGCAGCUGGAAUUGGACUGGUGACAAGAAGAUGUGUAACCAGUUAGAGAUAUAGGGAAGCUUUAACUUUGCUCAUCAAAUUGUAACUAUCAUAAUAAUAUUUAUUGUUGAAGCUCACAGUCCUUCAGUUGUACAGAUUGACACUUUCUUGAAAGAUCCAACAUACAGAUGUAAAUUAUAUUUAUUGCAGUGUAUAAUAUUAGUAUGUCACACUGGUAUAUUUUACAUAAUAUAUGAUGCAUAGAUAAAAUGAGAGUUGUAUUUUAUGAUGCUUUUCAAAUAGUAUCUUGAAAUGUUUAAGUCUUCAGAUUUGUUUUUAGUCUAAAAUAUGAAAAUCUGUUUUGUGAUACAAGUGAUUAAUUUUCUCUAUAAAUGCUUCUGCAUGUUUACUUUUUUAUUUAGGGUUCUUCCUAUAUAGACACAAUUUGGUGUCAAACUAUCAUAAUAUCAAUAGUAAAUACAAAAUAUCUUAGCCAGACUGGGUCUGUAUUGUCUACAUUUUAUAUGAUAUUAUAGAAAAGUUUGUAUUAUCUUUUCAGGACAUUUAGAAUUGUGCCCCCAAAUAUGGUCAGAGCUUCCAUUUCCAAAUGCAAAAGCCUUGUCCUAAAUUCAAAGUAGAUCUCUUGUGUUUGAGAAGUCUGGUGGGAUGGGCAUUAUAGAUACGACAUUAGAAUUUAAGGGAAAUCUUUAGGGAGAUGGGGAGAGAGGCAGCUGGUUUCGUCAGUUACUGUGCUCAGUUCUGCUUAGAUUUCUGUGUUGUGUUUCUUCUUGAGGUGAAAUAGUGUAAUCUUAAUUUCUUUGAGAUGGAGUUUCUAAGUAACACACUACCAGCAAGUUCAACACUGCUGUUAAUUUCAAUCUGUUUUCUUUGCUCAGUUGAUAACUUUAAUUCUCAGUUUUAUAGUGAUAACUGUAUAUUAUUUGGCUGCUGAAUUCUGUUACAAUUUUUUAUUCUGUUGUACAUUGUAUUAUACAUAUCAUUAAAAUUAAUAUGAAGGGGAAUAUAUGUUACAUAUAAAAAUUUGUGAAUUUGAAUUCUAGUAUGUUUUAGCGCUUUUGCAAAAAUUUUUAUUUUUAUAUUAUCUGUGAUUUUAAUAUAGAUAAUUGAACUAGAUUUCAUUGUGAUUGAUAGUGCCAUUGAAUGAGCAGUAUGGAAACAGCGUUACUUGACAUUUCGAGCUUUCUCAGGUUUGUCUAAACGGUAGCUUAACAAAUUCUGGACUAGUUGUGUGUAAUUGUGUUUUAAAUAAAAGGAAUGCACAUUUCUUAUAAGUUUGCAUGCCUGAGUGUACAGUAUCAUGCGUGUGCGUGCAUAUGUGUGUGUGUGUGUCUAAGGCAUGGCAGCCAACUUUAUAUCUGCUACUUAUAGCUGCUUAUAAUAACAGCAGAGCUUUGAUGUAAUCUUGGUCACUAGAACUGUACCUACCAUAGACAAGUAAAACUGAAAAAGUCUCAAUAAACUAUGAAAUGUGGUCUAA